GUAUCGUACUUUACAUUCUUGUUAUGCAAUACGUGAACUGUGUUCAUCAGUGUAUAGUUGGUCGAUCGCGAAGUUGGACAUUCUUCGUGGCUUCUGUCGCGAGAAAAACUGCGUUUUUAACUGAAUAUUAAGGGUCAAAGAUCGAUUUUUGUUGGGUAUAUCUGAUAAUUCUUUUCUUGAAAGAAAGAUGACAAUGGAUCGCGUACAAACUGUGUUGGGAGAAAAAGAUUCACACGAGCUUGGCAGGACUCUUACUCACGAGCACCUGACUUUAAUGUUCGAAACUUUUUACGUUCCACCUCCGAAACAUUUGAAGCCUUUCCUGGACAAAAAGAUCGAACUUCGGAAUGUUGGAAUUCUCAGACAAUACCCCUACAGCAAUACGUAUAAUUUAACGUUUAAUGACGAAGACACGAUGGAUCCUAUUUCGGAAGAAAUGAAAUUCUAUCGCGAUUGUGGCGGUUGCACCAUUGCAGAGAACAGUAACCAUGGCCUGAAGCGUAAUAUUUCGUCAAUGAAAAAAGUCAGCAGAGAAUCUGGGGUCAAUCUUAUCGCUGGAACAGGCUAUUACGUGGCUGCGACUCAAAGUGCCAGCGAACUCCGAUUAUCGAAGGAAGAAAUGUACAAUGUAAUGUUAAGAGAGAUGACGAUCGGUUGCAUAGAGUGCCCUGAUGUCAGGACAGGUUUCAUCGGGGAAGUUGGAAGUACUUGGCCAUUCGAAGAUUUCGAGAAACGGUCUAUUCUAGCGGCUGGGGAACUUCAGGGGCAACUGAAGUGUCCUGUUACCUUUCAUCCUGGAAGACAUCACGAGGCACCGUCUGAGAUAAUGAGGCUGUAUCAGGAAGCUGGCGGUGACGCGCGAAAAGCAAUUCUCUCUCAUCUAGAUCGAACCUUGCUGGAUGAACAGAAGCUGUUGGAGUUCUCCGACGAGACGAAGUGUUACUGCCAGUUCGAUCUGUUCGGAGUCGAAUGCUCUUUUUAUCAACUGAAUCCGUCGAUCGAUAUGCCGUCCGACGCGCAACGCAUAGAUCACGUCAAAUUACUCCGGGACGAUAAAAAAUUGGAUCGCGUGCUUUUGAGCCACGACAUUCACACCAAGCAUAGAUUGAUGAGGUUUGGUGGUCACGGAUUCGCCCAUAUUUAUAACAACGUUCUACCGAGGAUGCUGGCAAAGGGUUUCACUCAAGAAGAAAUCGACAUCCUAACUAUUAACAAUCCAAAAACUUGGUUAUUGCGCUAAUUAUCAGCAUCGCGAGACCGUGUAGCAGCACACAACGCAUUCUUAAUAGCCUCAAGACACACUUGCGUACCAGAGACAGAUUAAGCUAAUUUUAAGUGGUAUUAUAAUAGAAACGAUAAACGCUCGGAUAAAUUUCAGAUACGUUCGGUUCAAAAAGUCACCGUGCACCAGAGA